UGAACGCCAUCGGAAACUUCCUUCUCGUAUCCCCAGGUAGACCCAUGGGGCCUCUCGUCUGCCCCACCCCUACUAUCAAAGGUCUCUACUCCAGGCCCCUGAUUCCGCCUCCUUCCUAAAACUGCAGCCAACGUGCUGCGCCCUGCGCCCCAGCGCCCGGGUGGCCGGCUCCGCCCUUGCGCUCCCCACGCCCCUCCCACGGGCUUCCCCGCGUCCCAGGCUCAAUUGGCCGUGCAGGGUAUAAAGUACCCGGAGCUUUGCGGGCUGCACAGGCGGCAACCCGGCCACCAGUCGUCCAGCCAAUCAGCGCCCCGCCGGAGCCAUGGCUGCCAGAAAAGCCCUGAUCGUACUGGCCCACUCAGAGAGGACAUCCUUCAACUAUGCCAUGAAGGAGGCUGCUGUGGAGACUCUGAAGAGGAAGGGAUGGGAGGUCGCUGAGUCGGACCUGUAUGCCAUGAACUUCAACCCCCUCAUCUCCAGGAAGGACAUCUCAGGUAAACUGAAGGACCCUGAGAACUUUCAGUAUGCUGUGGAGUCUACUCUAGCUUAUAAAGAAGGCCGUCUGAGCCCAGAUAUUGUGGCUGAACAAAAGAAGCUGGAGGCUGCAGACCUUGUGAUCUUUCAGUUCCCCCUGCAGUGGUUUGGAGUCCCUGCCAUCCUGAAAGGCUGGUUUGAUCGAGUGCUUGUAGGGGAGUUUGCCUACUCAUUUGCUGCCCUGUACGAGAAGGGGCCUUUCCAGAACAAGAAGGCAGUCCUUUCCAUCACCACUGGGGGCAGCGGCCCCAUGUACUCCCCCCAGGGUAUCCAUGGGGACAUUAAUAUACUUCUCUGGCCAAUUCAGAGUGGCACUCUGCAUUUCUGUGGCUUCCAAGUCUUAGAACCUCAACUGACAUAUAGCGUUCUGUACCUUCCCAAGGAUACCCGAAUUCAGAUCCUGGAAGGAUGGAAGAAACGCCUGGAGAAUAUUUGGAAUGAGACUCCACUGUAUUUUUCUCCAAGUAGCCUCUUUGACCUAGACUUCCAGGCAGGAUUCUUAUUGAAAAAGGAGGUGCAGGAGAAGCAGAAAAACUCGAAAUUUGGCCUUUCUGUGGGCCAUCACUUGGGCAAGUCCAUCCCAACUGACGACCAGAUCAAAGCCAGAAAAUAAAAUUCACAGGGCUUGAUUUCUUUCUAAAAUGUAGCCAGAUCUAUGUUUCUUCUUCAGGCCUCCUUGACUUGCUUUAGUUUUUAAGAUUUGUGUUCUUUUUCCACAAGGAAUGAAUUGAGAGAAUAGGCUAUAAUCAUACAUUUUUGGAUAGUUUUAUUUGACGUAAUUGAUUGUUAUGGUUGUUAUUGUGGCAAAAUCUGCUUAGGCUCAAGAGGCCACUUAGGACUUAAGGUCCUGUACGCAAUUUAAUUCCUCUUUUUAAGGAUAAAUUUUUAGAGCUAAAUCUGGCUGGACAGCAUCCAAUUCUUCAAUGCUCUAUUUUUCUGUUAAUUACCUCUGUGGUUUAUGGCAGAAGGGACUUGCCCAGAGAAAGAAAUGACUGAAUCUGACCUAAGGGACUUGUUUAGUAGUUAGUAGUCUAUGCUUGUUUAUGGUAUGUAUUUGUUGUAAUGGCUACACAGUGACUAAUAUGCCUGACAUGAGUGGUACUCUUCCUUCAACUUUUGUUGUUUGUAUACAGUACACGCACAUACCUUGAAAUGACAAGCCUAAUAAAGGUCUCUUCUUUACCUCAA